AAUACCCAAAUUCCCAGCGCCACCUGAACGCACCUUGAAAAGCAAAACGAGGUCGGUCGGCGGGUCGGUCGGCUAGCAACCGUUAACAGUCAGCAGGCCAGGCGGCCUCAAGAAGCGUCGCUUCGAGAUGGAGGUGACACGCAAAUCUUUUAAAGACUGUUUAAACCUGGUGUACGCCGCGAUAGAGGAGGCGGACUUUCUCGCCAUCGACGGAGAGUUUUCAGGGAUCAGCGAUGGACCCAGCGUCAGUGCGCUCACCAACGGGCUGGACACGCCGGAGGAACGCUACACUAAGCUCAAAAAGCAUUCUAUGGAUUUUCUACUCUUCCAAUUUGGCCUGUGCACCUUCAAGUAUGACCAGAAAGACUCCAAGUACAUCACAAAGACUUUUAACUUUUAUAUCUUCCCGAAACCUUUCAACCGGGCGUCACCUGACAUCAAGUUUAUCUGCCAAAGUUCCAGUAUUGACUUUUUGGCCAGUCAAGGCUUUGACUUCAACAAGGUUUUCUGUCACGGAAUCCCCUACCUGAACCACGAGGAGGAGGCCCAGCUGAGGGAGCAGGCGGAGGAGAGGCGAAACCAGCAGGCCAACGGCGCGGGAACGCCGUCCUACGUGUCGCCGUCCUGCUCCAAGGGCCCCGCCCACGUGCCCGACGAGCACAAGGACUUCAUCGACCGAGCCGUGGAGAAGGUGGAGGCCCUGCUCUCCGGCACGGAGAAAAGCACCGACCUGGAGCCGUGCAGCGGGUUCCAGAGGAAGUUGAUCUACCAGACACUCAACUGGAAGUUUCCAAAGGGGCUCCAUGUAGAAACUGUGGAGAUGGAGGACAAGAAGGAGCGCAUCAUCCAGGUCAGUAAGGUGGACGACGAGGAGAGGAGGAAGAGGGAGCAGCAGAAACUGGAGAAGGAACAGGGGCAACUGAACGACGCCGUGGGCUUCUCCCGGGUCAUCCACGCCAUCUCCAAGUCUGCCAAACUGGUGGUGGGCCACAACAUGCUGCUGGACGUCAUGCACACUAUCCACCAGUUCUAUUGCCCUCUGCCGCAAGAUCUUCACGAUUUUAAGGAGGUCACCAUGUGCGUUUUCCCAAGGCUUCUGGAUACAAAGUUGAUGGCGUCCACUCAGCCCUUUAAGGAGCUGAUCAGCAACACGUCUCUGGCCGAGCUGGAGAAGCAGCUGAAUGAAAGCCCGUUCAAAGCUCCUCAGAUAGAGGCCGCCCAAGGCUUUCCCAGCUACAACACGGCCAAGGAGCAGUUGCACGAGGCCGGCUACGACGCCUACAUCACCGGCCGCUGCUUCAUCUCCAUGGCCAACUACCUGGGCUCUUACCUGGCGCCGCCCAAAGCGCACGUGUCGGCCGGCUCCAAACUGGUGGAGCCUUUCUACAACAAACUUUUCCUGAUGAGGAUAAUCGACAUCCCCUACCUCAACAUCACGGGACCGGACUUGCAACCCAAGCGGGACAACGUCCUCUACGUGACCUUCCCCAAAGAAUGGAAGACCAGUGACCUCUAUCAGCUCUUCAGUGCCUUUGGAAACAUCCAGGUCUCGUGGGUGGACGACACGUCGGCCUUUGUGUCCCUCAGCCAGACGGAGCAGGUGCAGAUAGCCAUGAACACCAGCCGCUACGCCGAGAGCUACAAGAUCCGGACGUACGCCGACUACGUCCGGGCCAAGCGGCAGGACAAGGACAAGGAGAAGCCGGCUCCCGAGUCCUGGCCCGAAGACGGCUGGCUCAAGCCUCACUACGCCGCUUCUUCCGUCUUUGGAUAUUCCGGUGCUCUUGGGAAGCGCAGCGGCAGUCCCAUCCAGGCGGAGCAGGGAAGCGGCGGCGCCGACGGCUGGACUCGCUACUCGUACUCGGACUGUGUCGGGAGCAAGAAGAUGAAAACUGACGAAGUUGUGGAGAGCAAGACGUCAGAAGGGUGGCUGAAGACCACGACGGUCCCCGCAGGGACGCCGCCGCCGAGUCCUCCGAGUCGAGUCCCGGGGAGGACGGAUCCGAAGGCGCAGAGUCGGCAAAGGACGACGAGACGCUCUGCUGGCGGCGGGCCGCAGCGGUCGUGCCGCCGGUGCAUCAAAGUCAAAAGAAGAAGAAAGCUGAAGUUUCUCCUCGUUCCGGUGCUGGAACGUCAUCGUCGCCGUUUGAGGUCCCCGAGGUGUGGUAGGUAGCACCGAGGCAACUCGGGACCAGCCAGGCGGAGCGGCGAGGCGCCCACAAGCCAUAGAGAUGGACGGUUGCGCUUUCCCACACUUCAACACGCACAAUCCAAACAGUUCUUUUACACACGGGGCAAAACCGGAAUGGAGCUGGUGCGCUCUUCUCCAUUUUGUGUUUUGUUAGUUUUUUUUUUUUAUACUUGCGUGCGCAUUAGCUAAGCUGCCGCAAGGUGAAAGUGUCGUUGACAACAUCAGGGUUGAGCGUGAGGUCUAUUUAAAAUGCUGUCAUUUUAAAAUCAACAAAUAUGAUCUUGUUUUAGCAAACGUACAGAAAGGAUAUCACCAAACAA